AAAACUAGAAUUUAUUUAGCAUUUCACCCUUUCAAGUUUCAACACAUAACUCACCUCUGCCAUUUGAACAAAUCAAAUAAAAGUUUCCUUUGAAAUUGAAAUUUAAAAAGUCAGAUGCUCCACUGCCCAGAAAAUUUGAGUGCAUAUGUGAGCCUUCUGCCGACAAAUUUUCAGCCGUCCAAGUUCGGGGGCUUGUCGCCGGCGGUGGCGUACAAAAACUUGAGCUUACGGCGGCAGCGACACCCACAGGCUCUGAGUGAUGAUGAUCAGCAGGACAAGGAAAGUCAUCCCCUUCCAACUUAUAAGUGGCGCUUGGUAAUAUCAUACGAUGGCACCCGCUAUUCAGGAUGGCAGUAUCAACAGUCAAUACCAACUGUACAAUGUAAAGUUGAAGAAGCUUUGACUCGUAUUACAAAAUUAGAACGUAAGCAUCUUUGUUUAGUUGGUGCUGGCAGAACUGAUGCAGGAGUUCAUGCCUGGGGUCAGGUGGCACACUUCAUCACACCUUUCAAGUACGAGUGCUUGGAGGGGUUUCACAGAGCAUUAAAUGGUGGUCUUCCCCCAGACAUCAGAAUCAGAGAAAUAAGCUCUGUCCUACCUGAAUUCCAUGCUCGUUUUUCUGUUAAAAGCAAGACUUAUAAUUACAAGAUUUACAACGACGCCGUUAUGGAUCCAAUUCAAAGGCACUACGUUUACCAUAGUAGUUAUAAACUUAAUCCAUCUGCAAUGAAAGAUGCUGCUAAAUAUUUUGUAGGGAAGCACGACUUCUCUGCUUUUGCUAAUGCCUCACACAACGAUGGCAUACCAAAUCCAGUCAAGAAUAUACUUCGAUUUCAUGUCAAUGAGAUGGGACCUUUGUUGCAGAUUGAAGUUGAAGGAUCUGGGUUUCUAUAUAAGCAAGUUCGGAACAUGGUUGCUAUAAUGCUUCAAGUAGGAAGAGAAGCAGUUCCAGCUGAGAUUGUACCGAUGAUUUUGGAAAGUCGAGAUAGAAAAGAGUUAGCGAAAUAUACAUUGGCAGUACCACCGCAUGGACUCUGCCUUUAUGGUGUCAAAUACAAUGAAGAUCAUUUCAACAUUCCCUUAGCUACUAGUUUUGGUAUGCAUCACACGAUCUCCAAAUGUAAAUUGCCUUUUUACUAAAUGAGUUUUUUUGCAAGCGGCACCCCUGUGAUAGGCUCGUUAAAAACAUUAGUGUUUGUCCCCCUAUGUUCUUUACUCAAAGCCCCCUAUGUUUUUGUCACUAUUUUUUUGGGAACGUGGAGUGGAAGAUGACUACUUUUUUUUUUAUUAAUAUUAUUAUUUAUGAUUUUUUCUUUUA